AUGGCUACUCAAAAAGAAGACAAUAUCUCUCUUCUGAGCAUCCUCAGCGCAACUCAGAAGCUCCUGGAGGACCAACAAAAACGGCUUGCUCAACUUGAGGCAAGAUCCAACCAACCAGAUCGUCCAGAACUCACCAUUGAGGCUCUUGCGCCUUCGAUUCAGACGUUCGUCUACGAUCCGGACAACGGCGUCACCUUCGACGCAUGGUUUUCACUUCAUGAGGACAUUUUCCGUGAAGAUGCAAAAUCCCUCGACGACUCUGCCCGAGUUCGUCUUCUCCUCAGGAAGCUCAACCCUCAAGGGCAUGAGGGUUAUGUGAAUUCUCUUCUUCCAAAAGCUCCACGAGAUUUCACGUUUGACGAGACAGUUGCACGGCUAAAAGACCUUUUUGGCCGCCGGGAAUCACUUUUUCACACCCGCUGGAGAUGCCUCCAAAUACAGAAGAAAGAGACGGAUGACUUUCAGACACAUUCGACUGUCAUCAACAAGAUUUGUGAAGAGUUUAAGCUGGGAGAGCUUACGCCAGAGCACUUCAAGUGUCUUGUUUUUAUACUAAGCCUCAAAAGCAAGAAUGAUUCUGAUGUGCGAACGCGACUUCUUCAUAAACUGGAAGUGGAGAAGCCUGAGACACUCACAUUGUCCUUUAUGGCCAGUGAAGCAACACGUCUCACCAACUUGAAGACUGAGAGUGCUGAUCUUGAGCUCAAAGACACUAUGCAGGGUGUUCAUUUUGUUCAGCGUCAGGGAAAACCUAAAAAGGGGAAUUCUUCAAACUCAAAGUCUCAACAAUCCGGGCGUAACUCACAAACACAGCCUUCUCAGGUACCAAAAUCUCCUUGUUGGUUCUGUGGUGGAUUGCACUUUGUCAAACAGUGUAAUUACUCAAAGCACACCUGUAAGGAUUGCUCCAGGGUGGGCCACAAGGAAGGGUAUUGUUCCCAGAACAAUUCCCAAAAGAACUCCUCGAGUUCCAAGUCCCAAUCAAAACAAAAACAAAUACACUCUUCGAAAUCGAAUGUCAAUCCUGUCAGUGUUCACCACACUGUUACAAACAGUCAGGCAAAAAGAUACAUUGACGUGGUAAUGAAUGGGAAAUCUGUGAAGUUGCUUUUCGACACAGGAUCAGAUGUGACAAUUAUCUCCAAGGAUGUCUGGAGACAUCUUGGAUCACCAGUUCUGUCAGAGACUCCCUCUACAGCUUCUGAUGCCCAGGGAAAUCACAUUCCUAUGAAUGGCGAGUUUUUCUGCACGGUUGACUUCAAAGGGGACAUUCAAAGGGCCAGAUGUCUUGUCACUGAUGUCAACAUUAACCUUUUUGGUGUUGAAUGGAUCAAUUUAUUCAACCUCUGGGGAAAAACCAUUUCUUCACUUUGCAGUGUAAACUCAGUUUCCGAAAAAGACAUUGUCACAUCACUCAAAACAACUUUCCCAUCUGUUUUCUCAUCUACAAUGGGAAAAUGCACCAAGGGACAGGCGCAUCUUCAGCUGAAGCCUUCAACAGUUCCAGUGUUCAGACCCAAACGCCCUGUACCAUACCAUGUCACGGAUUUGGUGGAUGAGGAACUUCAGAGAUUGCAGAAUCUGGACAUCAUUUCUCCUGUGGAUCACAGUGAGUAUGCAGCUCCUAUCGUUGUAGCCCGUAAACCCAAUGGUUCCAUCCGAAUCUGUGCUGAUUAUUCCACCGGGCUCAACAAUAAUCUCGAAUCCCAUCACUAUCCUAUCCCUACCCCUGACCAAAUCUUCGCAACACUGUCAACUUGCUCAGUAUUCAGCCAAAUAGAUCUCUCAGAUGCAUAUCUGCAGAUCGAAAUGGAUGAAGAAUCGAAGAAACUCCUCACGAUUAACACCCACAGAGGUCUCUUCACAUUCAAUCGCCUCUGUCCUGGGGUAAAAUCGGCACCUGGAAUUUUCCAACAGCUCAUUGAUACCAUGCUGGCUGGCAUCAAUGGGGUUCAUGCCUAUUUUGAUGACGUUCUCAUCGCAUCAAAGACCAAAGAGGAGCAUCAUCAGACACUCUUGCAAGUGUUUCGACGACUCAGUGAGUACGACUUCCGUGUCAAAUUGGAAAAAUGCAAUUUUUUUCAAAAGGAAGUACGCUUCCUUGGCUUCAUUCUCGAUGCCAAAGGACAGCGCCCGGAUCCAGCAAAGAUUGAUGCAAUUAUCAGUAUGCCGGCUCCGUCAAAUAUUGCACAACUCAGAUCUUUCCUCGGGGCCGUCACGUUUUAUUCACGGUUCGUGAAGUCUCUCAGCACCAUCCGGGCUCCACUGGACAAAAUGCUGCAGAAGGACGUUGGAGAUUGGAAUUGGACGCCACAGUGUCAAAAGGCUUUCAUCAAGGUCAAAGAAAUCCUAUCCUCAAAUCUCCUUCUCACACAUUACAAUCCUUCCCUUCCUAUCACAAUCGCUGCAGACGCCAGUGAGACGGGUAUUGGUUGCGUAGCAUACCAUACCAUGGAAAAUGGGCAGCUCAAGGCAUUUUAUCAUGCUUCUCGCACUCUUACCAAGGCCGAGAAAUACUAUUCACAAAUUGACAAGGAGGGUCUUGGACUGGUUUAUGCUGUUCAGAAGUUUCACACCUACAUCUAUGGGAGAAAAUUUACUCUUCAGACGGACCACAAGCCCCUACUAUCAAUUUUUGGCUCGAAGAAGGGAGUGCCCAUCCACACCGCCAACCGGCUUCAACGCUGGGCUCUCAUUCUGUUGGCAUAUGAUUUUAACAUUGAAUAUGUCCCAACAAAUGAGUUUGGUGGAGCUGAUGUUCUUAGUCGUUUGAUUGAGCAACAAAAGUCAAGCAACGAGGACUUCAUCAUUGCCCAAGUCCGAGAUGACGAGAUCGUGGACAACAUUCUCAUCAGUGACGUGAACAAACGCUUACCGGUGACCUUCAAGAAGAUUGAGACUGCCACUCUUUCUUCUCCGACUCUACAAGAAGUCUCCAACUACAUCCGACAUGGAUGGCCUCGCUCUACAGCUGAUUUCUCACCGGAAGUGUCAAACUACUACAAAAUCAGAGACUCUCUAACACUCAUACAUUCAUGUAUAGUCUACAGAGAUCGCAUUGUCAUACCACCAAUUUUCAGAAACGCAAUUCUCAAGCAGCUACAUGACGCUCAUCCAGGAAUAAAUCGUAUGAAGAGUCUUGCCCGCUCGUACGUUUUCUGGCCACAUAUGGAUUCUGAUAUUGAGAACUUGGUCAAAUCUUGUUCUUCCUGUGCUGCUGCUGCCAAAAAUCCGACAAAAUGCGACCUAUCCUCAUGGCCUCUCACAUCAAGGCCAUGGCAGAGAGUACACGCCGACUACGCUGGACCAAUUGAUGGACAGUGGUUCCUUGUCUUAGUAGAUGCUUACACAAAAUGGCCGGAAGUAUACAUGACAACUACCACUACAUCAUUGGCGACCAUCAGCAAACUCUCGGAUGCCUGCUCACGUUUUGGUUUCAUGGAGACCAUCGUAACAGACAAUGGUACCCAAUUCACCAGUGCUGAAUUCGCUGAAUUCUGCCGCGAGCGAGGUAUCACCCACAUCACGACAGCGCCAUUUCAUCCACAAAGCAAUGGCCUGGCAGAACGUUUCGUGGACACCUUGAAGCGUUCUCUCUCCAAGCUGUCUGGCAUUGGCAACACACAGACAGCCCUCACAAAAUUCUUGAUGUCCUACCGCUGUACACCCAACCCAAAUACGUUCAACGGCAGUUCUCCAGCAGAACUCAUGAUGUCACGACCACUUCGAACGACACUUUCUCUGACUCAACCUAUGGAGAAUGAUCCAAUUGAGAGAAACACGGCCAUGGAAAAUCAAUACAACAAGAAACAUGGGACCAAAAGUCGUUCAUUCGUUCGAGGGGAGGAGGUAUUGGCAAAAUGCUUCCGUGGCAAUCACUCAUUUUGGGCACCCGGUAUGAUCAUCGAGAAACGCGGGAACGUUAUGUACAACGUCUCGAUCCUUUUGCCGAGAGGAUGUUCCAGACUGAUUCGCAGCCAUGUUAAUCAACUCCGUAAACGCUACCCAGACACAAACGAAUCACCUGAUGAUCCCUCUCUGGUUGAAGGUCAACAAGUCUCCAUCCCUUUCGACUACGACGAUGGAAAUCAAUCAGCAGACUCCUCUGCUGACGGGACAUCUCAGGAAUCUUCCAAUGUUCCCAUGCGGCGAAGUCGUCAGCCAUAUCGGAACCCUAGGCUUCCGACACGCUCAUCUCCUCCACGACUUCGUUCCCGGCUUCCACGCAGGAUCCCGCAGGCUCCAGCUUCUUCAAGGGGGGAGGUGUUGGGUAUCGACCCAACGACAGAUGGCGUAAGCCAUGCCUGA